AUGGAAGAUCUCAAACCUCGCUUGGCUGCCUAUCGCUUCGUCGCCUAUUCGGCGGUCAUUUUCUCGGUGAUAGCAGUAUUGUCCAUUUGUAUUACAUUACCCAUGGUCUAUAAUUAUAUACAUCAUGUAAAAAAGUCUCUUCGAAGCGAUAUCAAAUUCUGUAGGGGUUCAGCACGAGACAUCUGGGAUGAGGUGAACUUCAUUCAAAACUCUCCGCCUGCAAAUCGUACACGCCGUCAAGCUGACCCUUGUGCUCAGUGCUGUCUGCCAGGUCCAGCUGGUCCCCGUGGGACCUGCAGGAAGACCUGGCCGACCUGGAGCACCUGGAGUCCCCGGAAUGCCAGGCCACCCUGGACGACCUCCAGCGAUCCCUUGCGAACCGAUAACGCCACCGCCGUGCCCUCCUUGCGAAGGUGGUCCACCUGGACCACCUGGACCUGCCGGACCACCUGGACCAGCUGGAGCUCCUGGUCAGGCCGGAGCAGCAGUAGCCAGCCCUCCUGGACCUCCAGGACCAAAAGGUCCACCUGGUGCGCCCGGAAAUCCUGGAGCACCAGGCCAGCCCGGCGCUCCUGGUCAAGAUGCCGCAGGUGGUUACGCUGGCGCCGGAGCACCAGGACCUGCAGGACCACCAGGACCACCUGGUCCUCCUGGACCCGAUGGACACCCUGCAGUUGGCGGAGGCGCUGGUGCUCCUGGACCAAAAGGUCCACCUGGACCUCCUGGAAUGCCCGGACCUCCUGGAAAUCCUGGUGCACCUGGUCAGCCUGGUGCUCCUGGACAUGGUGGAGAGCGUGGAAUCUGUCCGAAGUAUUGUGCUAUCGAUGGUGGUGUAUUCUUCGACGAUGGCAGCUUCCGACGACGUCGUUAGAUGGAUUGCAAACGGAGUUGUUCACUUACAUUUGUUCAAUUCACGUGCGAUUCUCUAGUGAUAGACUCGAUAAAUGUAGCAAAGCUGAUCAUCACAGUCAUCACACGUAA